AUGGCCGAACCAGUAGAACUAUAUGAUAAGUCUUGGAUUCUCUAUCAUGUCCUGGAAAGGAUGAUAGGGAGACGGGAGGAGAUAGUCUUAAAACAGAAUAUGAUGGAUUGGAGGGGGUAUGAUUUCGACUGUUUAUCAAUCGGAAGUUCGGCGGAGGGAGGUAAGAACAUGCCGGGCUCGGACAUAGACCUAAUGCUUAUUCUAAAACAUAUCGUCGUCUGCUGUCAGGAUCAUGACGUUAGCAAUCCAUCAUACAAUGAAAAUCAAACAAUUUUUGUGAUGAGAGAUGCUGAUAGCAGACCUGGUUAUGUGAAUUUGAAAUUAGCUAAGUUCGGACAAAUAAAAGAUACUCUUAUUGCAGAUUCCAUUGUUUCAGUCAAUGGUGAGUAUUUUAUAUCAAGUGAAAUAUUUAAUAACUACAUCAACGGAAGUUACAGUGGAACUAUGAAAUUUCAAAUGGACACUAAUGGUCCAGCGGCAACACUAAAGCAUGAACAAUUUGAUGGAAGUUCAGAUCUUGAUUUUGUGUAUUCUUUCCCGUGUUACACUUGGCCCAAAGAAGCUAAAGAGUGGAUAACUAGGCCUCGCUUUCAUAACUGGCCUGAUAAAACUUUGAUGGACCAGAUAGUACGAGGUGGCUGUCAUCUUGUCCCUGUAGGAGAUAAAACGUCUGAUGACCCAUUCUUACAAUGGAGGAUUUCAUUUGUUACUGCGGAGAGGCAGCUCAUUCAUUCCCUCAGUCAUGUCCAAUUUUUAGUGUACGGACUUCUCAAGUACUUUCUCAAACAGAUAUCAGGAGAAUUGAAACAAUUACAAGGAGAUACAGAUAUCCUGACAUCCUAUAUUAUGAAAACUGUAAUAUUAUAUACAGUAGAAAACACAUCAGAAUCAUUAUGGCAAGAAAAACAUAUUUUUGUCUGUUUUAUGCUUUGUUUAAACACGUUGAUAUCAUGGGUGAUGGCGGGAUACUGUCCUAAUUACUUCGUAAACAAUAACAACAUGUUCCUUGGUAAAGUUAAUAGAGAAAAUCAAACAAGACUACUCCAUUUUCUUUUGGGCCUUCGUGAAAUGGCAUGGGGAUGUUUAUCAGUUGGUGCAUUGAUACAGCCGUCUAUAGGUGAACAUAUUGACCUCGUAGAGAAUGGGGUAGUUGAUUUCGUACUACCUCUACCAACACAGUUAGAAAAGGAUUUGGAUAGGCAGAAGUUCGGUGGAAUGGCAUGGAACACUUGCAAAAAUGAAACCCUAGCAUUACAAAUACUCCUAUCUACAUCAAAGUCAGACGAUGAUGAAUUCAUACGUAGUGUCAUGGGAGCUAAAAGGAUUUGUUAUAUAGGAAUGAAGACAUUUGGUGAGCACGCAGUUAUAAGUGGAAACAAAGAGAAAUACAAAUCUCUCAGGAAAUCCAAGAAUCUUCUUAAACCACUGGCUUCAAUAUGUGCAAGUCCAGGGCUACUGACACUGGCAACAUAUCACUACCAGACUGGAAAUUAUGUCAAAGCAUUAGAAAUAAGCGGAGACUUAAUAUCGUCAAGGAAAGUUUAUUUCCCGAUGAAUGAAAAGUCUGGAGACAAAUAUGAAUCGCUUUAUUGUGGACAUGGGUACACUCUACAACAGAAAUUAAGGGAAGGUGUUGUAUUCGAUAUCAUUCUUUUCACAAAAGCGUUACAGUUUUUUCCCUGUCAGCUACACCCGGAAGUCGUAAAAUAUGCUGAAUACACUCGGCUCCCUCCGCUUCCUUACGCCGCGUUCCUGUCGUUUUUGUGUUAUCAUGAACUCGGCGACACCAGGAGACGUGAUGCAGCGUUGACAAACCUUCGAAUCGUGAAGUACGACGAGUACCAGGGAGGCGGUGAACGCUGGGCAGUCCACAUCCUGUUAGGGAUCUGUUAUGAAAUGGCUGGUGAUAAAGAGAAUGCACUCAGGGAAUAUAAUGACUCUCUACGUAAUCAAAGUUUGGACAGAUGUCAAAACACAGCCAAAGAGAGGAUAAAAGGUUUGCUUUGCGACAGUUGUAGAUUUUAA